AUGGAAGAAGAGGUUCGCCCUUCCAGUCGUACAUCAAUAGGACGACAGUCUACAGGAGUGUCUUUAGAAGAAAACGUCGAUGACGAAGAUUUUGAAGGGGAGAAUAGUGCUUUUGCGAGUACCUCACUGUACACUGAUAACAACCGCCCGCUGGGCAGAAUCAAGUACAAUGUCGCUCGCCAUUCUGAUCCCGGGGGAUGCACUGCUGAUAACUGUACUAUGCCAUGCUACAAAACCCGAUGUUAUUCGAUGGAAAGCAGCGAGAAUUUGCAAUCGUUUCGUUCACGACUCAUUUGCCCUCCUAAAUUAUUUUUUCCUGUCACGCCCCAAAUUCGUUACGUUAGUGAAAGAGUUGUUGAGGUAUUCACAGCAAAUGCCAAAGGGAGGAUUGAGCUUCACCACAUUCUUCACCCUAAUAUGCCGCGCCACGUGCACGAUAAAAUUGAGGCAUUGGAUUUAACUGAUGGAUUAUCACGUCAUCGGAUCACAGCCAGGGAUGUUGUCGAUCGGACUCCAUUUUCUGUUUAUGGCACAUUUCAUGGUAGAAUCGCCAUCGUUCGGGCACAAUGUACACCGGGUAUCGAGAACUUAACUUCUCAUGAAAUCUUGCGAGGAGAGCAUCCUGUGGUAGCGACCAGAAUAAACCAGUUAGAUAACUCUUUGCUAGCAGCUACGGACUUCCAGAGUGUUUCCGCGCAGUGCUCUUUACUUGUACUAGAUCUCAUCAGUCAAAGUAAAACCUCAAUCGAACCUCGUAAUGUAUUUAACGCCAGCACGCACUCCAAUAUGUUGGACGUCUGUUGGCUUUGGGACCAUCCAGCUCACUUGUUGUUAUCCACGUCUGAUAGCAUACGAUUAUUUGAUAUUCGCUGUCCCAAUCGAACUGACCAAGCUCUGUUCCUUAAUCGAGGUGUGACACACAUGGCAAGUAACAGAUACAGAACUCAUAUCUUCGCUGGAUUUAACGAUGACGAGAUACAUAUCUAUGACAGCAGGCAACUUUUUGGACCUAUUCAACAGAUCAAAGUCCACUUAGACGGGUUCAACGGGCUAAAUACUUUGCGAUGGAAUCCAUAUAUGCCGUAUGAAUUACUACUUCAUUUUCGAGAUUCACAAAGAAUACUGCGGUGCAACGUUCACGAGCUUGGAUUUGAUCCAUUCCGCAGAAAGGUAUCUGAAACCUUCGACAUCGAUGAUGUUUUCUCUAUGGAACAAAUUUGGGAGGGAGGCUUAUCGUCAAAGGUUGCCGCUCGACGAAACAUGAUAUAUAAUAGCGUAGACAAUAAUUAUGAACUUUUGUGUUAUGGAGAAAUGUAUGACAGCUGUAAGGAGGAUCCAAAUGCGCCGAUGCCUUUGUGUUGGAUGACACCAGCUUCUGAGAGAGCCUUCUACGUUGAUGAGCAGGGCUGCCGCCGUUCAGGUGAAAAGGUUGCUGAUAAUCGAAGGCCGUCAGUGAGGUUACGACGGGCUAAUACUUCGCUUGAAGCGCAUGACACCUUCUCGCAAAUCUCUGCACUCAUUCGGAUUUACUCAGAUUCUAUGCUCAAUCAGAAGGCUCUGAGAGUAAAGCCAAAGCUAAAUUCACCUGGUGAGCAGCACGUUCUGGCUCUUCCUGUUCAAGCUAACUCACCGAUGGAGCUAACUCCAGUUCCUGAGCCAGUCGCUGUCCGUCACACAAAUCAGGGAUCAUCUUCCUAUAGAGCUUCUAAGAAAGACAUCGAGAACAAUGUCGGCACCCCUAGAGAAGCUGAUUGCGAGGCAGAGUUUGAAAUGAGCUGCCAAACCGACGAACACUCGGAUUGUUAUAUUUAUCGAACAUAUCCUCAUGACAGUUGUGAGUCUGUGACCACCAAGAAAGUCGAUAAUGGAUAUAGAAUUAAGCUUCAACAUAAAAUUCUUUCGUUUGACAUUGCUCCCAUAGGAUACAGCGGGGUAUUGUGUCUCGUGGAACGCCCAGUUGGCCGACCAAAGUUCAUCUUUGCACCAUUCAUCGCUCCUGACGAAGGGUUUUCCAUCAAACCGGAGUUAGUGAAAGUGUUUCAAGAAAUUCGGAUGUGGGAAGCAUUCGAUUCUAUUCCAUACAACUUGUAUCAGACGAUGAAAUCGCGGCUUCAAAACGGCAUGGAUAAAAUAACCGACCGAGAACCUUUUUUGUCGAUUCUCCAAGGACUCGCCGAACGUAUACCUAGACGAUGUAUGCAAUGGCUACUGAGUUCUGCAAGGAAACAACCCUGUUAUCAUGAAUCUCCUGAACUCAGCGAUUUCGACUACACAACCUCAGAUGGUGAUGAACCGUCGAGCCUGGACAAGACAUCAUUGAGUAGUGGAGGAUGCUCCUAUGUGCCAAAUUUAACUGUUAAAGGCUUACCUGGCAUUCUGCAACUAUGCUCAUUGGAAACAGAAAAAGAAGUUUCAUGGCAGGACUGUGAUUCUACUCAUUUCACAUUUGUCAAGAUUGCGCGAUCACCUAUUCGACGAAUGAUAUUGGAACCUUUCUGUUUGCCAGUGACUGAAGAUAAAGUAGUAUCGGACGAGAAAUUCGCUGCCAGUAUGGAUAUAUUGAAACAAAUUCCUGUGAUUUAUUUGUGUCUUAUUAAUGGUGAUACGAUACGUUUCAUUGAGUACACUUUGUUCAUACGACAUAAACUUGGGAAGCCUGUUUUUACGAACAAUCCGUGCUCAUUUUUAAACGCUUUUUACUUCUUCAGUACGAUUGUGUCAAGGUAUGUGAAUAAGAUUUCUUGUGCAACGAAUAAAUCCACACCGAACUAUGUGGCUCGUCGCCUUCGUCUUGCGGAUAAGAUUGAAGCAUUCAUAAAAGAACACAGUGAGUCACGGCUGUUGAACCCACUAUUCGUUCCGAUGAUGUUGAUUUUGCUUGGAGAACUUACGGCUACAAAUCCAGAAACGUUCACCAAAAUCGUGCUUGAGAGCCCGAUUAUGCCACUUGGUUACAAAGUUGCGUGGUGCACUAAUCUUUUAAGCUCGGCCAAGAUGAAAGAAGCUUUUCAUCACCUUUUCGAGAAGAGCCUCGGCUUGGAUCGCUUGCUAUUUGUUGGGCUUGGUCGGCAUCCAGAUUCAUUGCACGUUCUUUCGGAAUUCUUGUACACAACCCAAGAUUGCCAAGUUUUCUCUCAUCUUCUCGUUGCUGGUCAUUGUUUAGAAGAAGACGAUUCAGUUUUAGAUGAGAGCGAAUCGGACGAUUGCUCAAAAUCCGAACUCGAUGUGGAAAGUGUUAAAGGUCUGUAUGGUGCCAGUUUGCCAUCUUUAUUCGCCAUGUUCCCUCGAAGCUACCUGAGUGUUGCUGAAGAUAUGGCUGAUUUCUCGCACCUCGCUCGGGCUGAGUUAUGUCGGUACUCGUUUAUUUUACAACGUAUGGAACGCUUCUGUUUUAGGCGGAAACUUUUGAAUCUUGUUCCGCACAUUUACUGGCCCGAUUUUAAGACCACAGUCGAUAUCUCCUGUACAUUCUGCGGCUCGAGUUACGAGACAGCCUUACGUAAUGCUGAGUCUCUGAUAAGUGAUCAAAUAUCCCAAGGAAGAUUACGGCCGACGGUCACACGAUCGGCAACAAGCCGAUCGUCUGGUUCCGUCAGUAGUAACAUGGCAUCGUUGUCGCUCUCUUUUUCUGGGCUAUCAGAUACUGAAACGAGUGCCAUGGCAGUAACUCCGUCAUCCGAAUCUUACUACGAUUACAACGGAGUUGAUGGCGGCACAGAGGCUGAGAUCAAACGGCCUCCAGAUAGUGCGUGUCCACAGUGUCGUAAAUCUUAUCCUCGCUGUUCGCUUUGUGGUUUAUCAUACGGGACACCAGUUAACGACUACGAUCAUCCAGCGGGAACGUUUUCAAUGAUGUUCUCCACGUGCUUGGCAGGUAAAUACGUUAUGGGAUUGUUUACCUCUGAGAAGUUUGAUCUCAUUGUGAACAUUUGA